AACACAGAAGAGCUCGCGCGAGGGCGUUAGCCGGUUAGCAUUAGCACAACACGAACAGCUCAGUGUCAUGAACCACCAUAGAGCAGAUAUUAUUUGGAUGGUGGGCGUCCUCAGCACUGCAGUGACACUGAUGUGGUCGACUACAGGAGCAACAGCUGAGCUAUCGUCUCUUACUUCUACAAGGUUGACUAACAGGGGCCUGCACAAAAGCAGAAGCAGCAGUAGAGAGUGAGUGAGCAGACACUUCAAAGCAAGAGAGUGAGGACUUCACUGCCUUCAUGGAGGAGCCACAGGAUGUGCCGGAACUUCCGGCAAAGAAAGCCCGGCAUGACCUGAAAGUCAAUCAGGACAAGGAUCCAAGGGGUGAGAUUUCUUUUGAUAACAGUCACUCCCCUGACAGGAGUGAUCCAGCUGUUUUGGGGUCAGAUGUCAGCACCUACCCUCCAACAUCUGCCACUCACCUGGAUACAAUUUCUGGAAGUCAAGAACAGUCAAGUAAAGAAAUAUCAACAAGCAAGAACUGUGACACAGAUAGCUCCUAUAAUGAGAAAGUUGAAUCAGGCAAAGAGCUCACGGCCACAGCCUCUGAAUAUACCUCACAGAUCUACCAAGGAAGCAACCCUGCAGUUACUGCGUAUGGAAGCCAGGUGGCUUUCCCUUCUCUGGGCCAGUCAGCAGUGUACAACACCUUCAGUCAAACAGGCCAGACGUACGGGCUGCCCCCAUUCGGUGCCAUGUGGCCAGGCAUUAAGAACGAGCCGGGGCUGCUGCACGAGGUGCCCUCUGCUGGCCAGAUGGGGUUUCUCAACUUCAGCUCAGCCUAUACCGCAACUCAGCAGGGCCAGGCACACUACUCCUACCCCAGCCAAGGUUCCUGCUUCACUACAGCCAGCGUGUACACUAACAUGCCCUCAGCCACCGCUGUUACAACAGCUCCAGCCACUGUUACUCAUCAGGACUUUUCCAGCUAUAAUUCUCUGGGACAGAACCAGUUCCCCCAGUACUAUUCCCCACCUCCCAGUUACCUGUCAGCUGCUCCACCCAGCAGUGAAGAGGAUGGAGCAGGUGAGGUGGACCCAAAUUACACUGCUGUCAAGACUGAGAACAGUGCCUCUGCAGGCCUGCCCAGCACCCCAGCCGCAUCUCCAGACGUGACCCUCACAGCAAGUGCGUCUCAGCCUGCCGGAGCUCCCCUGUCUGCUGCAGCCCGAGACCAGGAUGAAAGCGCCCGUAGGAAUGCUCCCAGCAAAGCUAAAGGCAAAGCCAAGAAAACAGACAGUUCUCAGUCUCCUGAAAACGACCUGGAGAGAAUCUUCUUGUGGGAUCUGGAUGAAACCAUCAUCAUUUUCCACUCUCUCCUCACAGGGUCGUUUGCACAGAAGUUUGGCAAGGACCCAGCCACAGUCCUGAACCUGGGACUGCAGAUGGAGGAGCUGAUUUUUGAGCUAGCAGACACUCAUCUGUUUUUCAAUGAUCUGGAGGAGUGCGAUCAGGUCCACGUUGAAGACGUAGCCUCUGAUGACAACGGGCAAGAUCUAAGCAACUAUAACUUUGCAAGUGAUUGCUUCAAUGGAGCUGCUGGAGCAGGAGGGCAGGGCUCCACUACAGGAGUGCAGGGAGGCGUGGAGUGGAUGCGGAAGUUGGCCUUUAGGUACCGCCGCCUCAAAGAGAUCUACAAUGGAUACAAAGGGAAUGUAGGAGCUCUGCUGAGUCCCCUGAAGAGGGAGCUGCUGCUCAGGGUGCGCUCUGAGAUUGAGACCGUGACUGAUGGCUGGCUCAGCACUGCCAUUAAAUCUCUCCUGCUCAUUCAGUCGAGGGGUAGAUGUAUGAAUGUUUUGGUCACCACCACUCAGCUCGUCCCAGCUCUGGCUAAAGUUCUUCUCUACGGCCUGGGGGACGUUUUCCCUGUCGACAGCAUCUACAGCGCCACUAAAAUAGGAAAAGAGAGCUGUUUUGAGCGCAUUGUGUCUCGCUUUGGGAAGAAGGUGACCUAUGUGGUUAUAGGAGAUGGCCGAGAGGAGGAGUUUGCAGCUAAGCAGCACAACAUGCCCUUCUGGCGUAUCUCUGCUCACGGGGACCUGGUGUCGCUGCACCAAGCUCUGGAGCUGGACUUCUUAUAGAGCUGGAGCGGCUGGACGCUUACAGAUAACCUCACGCGUUGCAAGGAGGUCUUCGGUCACACCUCGACUCAAAAUAAUGAACAUCCACCCUUCAACUUACGGACACCUGCUGGAAUCUGACUUAGGCAGAGUUUGUGAAGUCAGUGCUUAUAAACUGGAGACGGCUGUGCUGACGGAAGGCUCUUUUUUACCCCCUCAGCCUCGGCUCUCUACUAACUUUGCGGCAGCUACGUUACCCUGGGGCUGAGCCUGGCACUGCUACACAUCUUGAAAGACGUGAUCCAUGUGAACAUGACCAUGGCCCACUUACUGCCAGCCCACUGCAAAUGGGCUGCUAACAUAACCAUCUCCAUCACAACUGGAUUCACCAAAGGAAAGACCAAAGGUCUGCACUGGCAUGAAAGCUUUUGGGUGAUUUGUUCUUUUCAGAUUUUAUCCUCUCCUUUGUGUUCUUGAUCAUGCAUAUAUUUGCUUUGUCAUUUUGCACUCAUUCCAAAGUGUAACAGUAUAGAGAAUUGGAUCUGUCGAGAAGCCUGACUAGAGUAGCUUUCUGUUGUUCAGACUUUCAUGCAUUUACUUCAGCAAAUGAAUUUUUUCUUUUUUACACCUGUGCUCAAAUGGUACUUACAGGGUUUACCAUAGACCUCAGUUCAUUUCCGGUGUCUUUUAAAUGUUCAUUUGCCACAAGCCUUUACACAUAAUCCCCUUAGUAUCAGAAACAAGCAGAUGAUCUGGUUCUUUGGCUGUUUCAUUUGCAUUGGACAGCAGGACCAGGCAUUGUUAUUGGUUAUAAUAUUAAUGGUGUUAUUUUUCCAGUCAGCAGCGUGUCCUGAAUGGCGAUUGGAAUAUUUGUUUUGUUGAGCAUAGUCCGAAGUGUCCUUCUGAGGGAGCUGAGACUACCCUCGUGCUAAGCGUUUACGCUGGUGAGCCAGAAGCUGAGUUUAACGCGCGCAGCAUCUGAUACAGUGUGUGUCGACACUACGACGUCAUACAGCUGAGGACAGUCACAAUGACCAUGCGAUACAUCUGGUGAGUACUGUACAAAACCUCUCAACCACAUAAAGAAAGUAGAACUAUUGACUUCUCAUCCACAGACUUGAGUGACACUGUAUGACUUUAGAGGAAUUUUGCAGAGCUUUUUUUUUCCCCUCAUGUUGAACAGCCAAAAAGUGACGAGUGAAAGUGUAGUUCACCAGUUCAGUACUUCAGCUCCAGCUCAUAACUAGCUCAUUAAGGACACGUGUGAGGGAGAAAAUUGUCUGUGCAAUGUUUUGUGGUCAGUAAUUAAUGUUCAGUCUUUCAACUGAAAGUAUGUUAAAGGGGAACUCCAGCAGUUUUUCCACGAAUCCUGAUUAACAUGUCAACAAGGUCAUUCAGAGUGGCUUGAUCUGCUGUUCUAGAGAAACUGGCAGUGUUUACUGCCUCGAAAAGCUCCUUCACAGAAACUUCAUUACAUGAAAUGGUUCUGAAUAUGUUGUCUGAUGUCUGAGACCUUAUGACAGAAGGUUUUUUUUUUUUUUUUUAAUAUAUAAAGUCUAUUCAUGGCAGAGGGGUACUUGAAGGGUGUUGUAAGGCCAACAAUUUUUGGGGGAUUUUCCACUACUUUUAUCAUCAUUAACACACAUUUAUCAGGCCUAACGUUCUGACCACCUCCUCGCUUCUACGCUCACUGUCCACCUUAUCAGCUCCACUGACCGUAUAGCUGCUCUCUGUAGUUCU